UGAGUCGCCUUCCACGACGGCUGGCGUCGCCAACGCCAUGUGACAUGCAUUGUUCCUCGGGAGCAGCUGCAGUCAAAUCGCAAAACGACCGUUUAUACCUGAACAGGUAAUAUAAGCAACAGGUCAUUUCAUCGGGCGAGGGGAGCUCCGCGGACCGCGCCGUCGAGCGCCUGACUCAUUUCGAGUAGCCGCGCUAGUCGUGUUCUGCCUUUCACGGCGAUCGUGUGUACGUUUAGACUUCGCGCGUCAGUAAGCAACGAGACUUUCACGUGAGCGAUUAUAUCGCUGUUCCGAGUUAUGUGCGCAAACGCACGCUUCAAUAAUCCUCUGAUCAGUCGCUCGUGACAGUGCCAAUGUCUCCUAGCUUAGAGGGGAUCAUGUUUAACAGGAGCACGAACCUGUCAGCGAGGCGACCGUUGCUUGCAGAACCGCAAAAGCCUGUGGUGAUACCACCACGAGCGCCGCCUCGCGACUAUGGUCCGCAACGACCCUUACCAGCACCUCGGAAUAUGCCAGCGAAGUGUCAUUAUGAAUAUAAGGCAGACUGUUGGAAACCUUCGAACGUCGAAAUCGAAAAACGACUUCAAGAGACGAGAGCUCGGGAGAAGAUCGGUUACUUUCAAGAUAAAGUAACCGCUCCGGAGUUAAAUUUAGACCGUAGGGAAGCGGAGUUAGUGUUUAGAUUCGACCCUCACGCGUCCGCGGAAUAUUUAUCGAGUCAGUAUCAAGCUCCUACAGUUCAGUAUGCAAAGCCCCCGACGCCGGCAAACGGGUUUGCUAACCGUCUACCGGAGAGAGACGGGCCUUUUGUAUUCGGAGUCCACAGCCCUAGCCAGUUCCCUCCUUCGCGUCGGGAUGAAGACGAUUAUGAUUAUUCAGAAGUGACUGAAGAAAGCAGUCGGCCUGUGAUACGAGAUGAUGAGUCUGCAGACUUAAAUUGCUGUGAUAAAGUGAAUGAGUGGGCAGUACGGGAUAAAAAAAGUCGGAGGACUUUAAAUCGAAUGUUUCAAAUCAAAGAUAGACGAAAAGUGAAAGGUGGGAAGAAGGAGAAGAUUAAGUGUGUGUUAGUUGGUGAUGGGGCAGUGGGAAAAAGUUCUUUAAUAGCUGCCUAUGCUCAGGACACGUUCCGGGAAGAUUAUCAACCCACUGCAUACGACACAUUCAAUGUUGUGGUGGACGUUGACGAUCGGCCUGUUUGCGUGGAAAUCUGUGAUACUGCGGGUCAGGACUCCAUGUCCGAGCUCCGAGCCCUUUGUUACCCUGGUACGGAUGUGCUUAUGCUGUGCUUCUCCGUUGUGCGACCGGAAACUUUCCGGUCGGUAGCCGAACGGUGGACCCGUGCAGUCGCUAGUGUAGACGCGCCCUUAGUGCUCGUUGGUACGCAGAGCGACAUGGCACUUGAUGGACGAGUUAUACAUACUUUAAAGGCCCGUGGAGAACACGCUGUUACAGAAACGGAAGCUCGAGCUUUAGCCGCAAAAAUUAAUGCAGUAUAUAUAGAAACUUCCGCAAAAACUAGGAAACAGUUAAAGGACGCUUUUGACGCCGCCAUCCUAGCCGGUCUGCCAGUUAUACAACACAAGCGACCUCUUUGGAAGAAGUUAUUAUGUUUGGAAUAAAUAAAAAUAAAAAAACGGAAAUAUGUUAUGUACUUUUCAAUAUAAAAUUAAGAUAACACGCGUAUCAUUAUAAAAUUAAAAAUAUUAAAACAAAAACAACAUCCAAAUAAAUAUGCUUAAGAAUGAUCGACAUUGCAAAUAUAUUUUUUCCAAAGUGUAGAAUAAAAACUCUUAGCGAUUAAGUGUUUAAAUUGUGUAAUGUGCCUUAAAUGACGAAAUUUUUUUAUAAUAAAUUUGAAAAUGUGUCUGUAAUAUGAAUUGUUAAAAUUAAAACCUAACAUGAAUUUUAAAAUAUAUUAUUACUGAUUAUAUGAAUUAAAUGAAUAGUAUAUGAAUUAAUAAAUCGAAAUAUAUUAAUAAUAAUUAAAAAUAAAAGCUGUCUUUUACCUCAAAGUGAUGUACAACUUCGAAUAUCGAGAUUUUAGUCUUUUUUUAAAACGUAUAAAUCACUUAUUGUUAAUAGUAAAUAGAAAUAUAUCAUGUAUUUCAUUAAAUAAACUCAAAAUGAUUUCUUGACGAAUAUUAAAGUUUUCGUUCCGAGAACAAUUUGAAAACAUUUAAGAUUAAUAAUUUCUAUCUUAAUAAAACUUGCCUACUUUCAUUAUUCAAUUUUAAAAAUGUGUUGAGGCUUAAUAUGAAUAAUAUGUAAUAAUGCAAAAUGAAAUAAUCUUUCGUAUUAUAUAGUAUAUGUAAAUCAUGAAGAUCGAUUGUAUAGUAUAAUUAAUUGUAGUUUUAGUGAAUUAUAUUAUCAUUGUUACAUAGUGUGUAUAUAGUAAGCAUGGAUGCAUAUAGUUGUUUUGAUACUCAACAUGAACUGAUAAUUAUAUUUUAAUAUGA